UUGUAGCUGCCUCUUUGGAUCUUCACCUACAUAUGAAAUGAUCCCACUAUACAUUUCUAGGGUUUCAUGUAGAUGUGUAUUUAUGUAUUUGCUGUAUAUGUAUAUAUGGUUUACUGACUCUGAAGAUUGGGGUCUCCCUCCCCAGGCUAGUUUUCUCUGAAUGUACUGUGUCAUGUGAGAAUGGUGCUCCAGCUUGGAUUUCUCUGUGCAUUACUGAGCUUUACACAACUAUGUAAAGCCAAAGAGCAAGCUCAGCUCAGAUCAGAUUUGCUCAUCUGUGAGACAGAUUACUGGUUGAACAUCAGCUGCUUUUUAGAUUCCAGAGCCAUUCCCAACAGGAUGGAAAAUAUUACAUACAAGCUGGAAUUUUACAUGAAAAGAGGGAAAAAUGACAGGAAAGUAUUUAUUUACAAAUAUAUCAUAUCCAUAAACUAUAUGAUUUUGUGUUUCUACACAACAGUUAGCAGUGUCCAGUGAUGUCACUUACAAUCGUUCCUUUCUUUCCCAAACAGAAAGCAUUUGGGAGACUGUUCACUUUCAGUGGAAAAGGAUGGCUACAGCUGCAUAUUUACAGCAAAAAUGGAGUCUUAUAACCCCACAUUUGCAGAUUACCAUGAAUUAAACAUAAACCUGUGUGAACUUAAUCAAUGUUUACUUUUGAAGUCCAAUUACAAGCCAGCACACCACAUCAAACCAAUCACUCCGUAUAAUAUGACGGUGCAGUAUGAAAAUGGGAACUAUACCUUUGCAUGGAGAAGUGGAUAUGAGACCCACAUAUAUCGUUCGGCCUUGCCUUUUCAGUACAUUCUGACAUACCACCAGGUGGGACAAUCUAAUCUAAUCAAGAUGGAGGUCCAUACAAAAAACACAGUGUACAGGAUCUCAGAGAACCAAUUUGAUCCAGGGACUGAAUACAUCGGUAAGGUGUAUAACAAAAUUAUUGAAGAUGGUACAUAUUAUGGGACAACAAGUAAUGGGAGCAAUGAAAUCAGAUGGAAGACCCCACAAGCAGAGAAAUCUGGAGGAGUAACAACUGUGAAGGAAAUUGUCAUUCCGAUUUGUUUGGCAGUAGGACUAAUGUUGUUAUUCCCUGUUGCAAGAAUGAAGAUUAAAAAGAUAACAUGGGUAGAAACUCCAGCUCCAUACAUCUCACCACUGAACCAAAAAGCUCAGGGCCAUUUCCAGUUUUGGCUGUCCAAAGGUCAUGUGCAACAAAUUUACAAAGAGGAAAUUUCAAAAAUUGAUGUGAUAACAGAGAACACAGCCAGACAGCAGCUUCAAGAACACACCUCAGCCAUAUAUUCCCAAUGUCACACGCCUUACGUGGGUCCUUUAAUGGAAGUCUGGACGCCCUGUCAGAUGCCUGACACACGCAUCACUGCUAACAAUCCUUGUAACGAUCUCGAUUUUCUGCCUGAUGACUGUAAGGUUGAAGAAACCCUCUUCUGUUUGAGCAUGGCCAAAGCUGUUGAAGGUUUUGUGUCUUUGGAUGACCUGGAGCCCAGCCUUGAGAUUUGCGAGCCCCCUGAAGCAUUAACUAUCCCAGCAAACCCUGCGUGUUUUACUCAGAAUUACUGCACUUUAACUGAAACAGCCAUUGGCCUUAUUCCUACAUUUUGCAAUGUGCAGUUUGUUCCCAGUCUCGAUUUAGGGCUAAAAAGUCAUACUGCACCUGAUCUAUUAAAUAUGCAGAUAGAGGAGGAAACACCAGAAUUGGACACAGUGACGCUUGACAAUUUUCAGCUGUCUGUGGAAGAAUGACCACGUACAUACAGUAUGAUCUGUCCAAAAAGCUACUUUUUUUGUAAAUACUGCAUUCUCUUAUCCUUUACAGACCAUCUUGAGUAGAUGGCAUAUUCAUAAGGGUUCCAGCCUAUCGCAGCCUUAUGCCAUCUGUUGUGCCAUGCUUCUGCGUUCAUCCUUCAGUAGUUUCAAGUUUAUACCAGGGAAUGUGCUGCCCUCUGCUGCCUGACGUCACAUUCUUGCAGCCAGACCCCAUUGUUUUCAGCACAGAUUUAUUUUAUGGAUGUCAUCUAACUAUUUUAGGUAUUAGGCAAAUGCGUACAAAUCUAGAACUCUUAGGACUUCUGUGGUUCAUCUCUCUAAGCAAACUGCUAAUUAUUAUACUAUCAGAGAACCUUCCCCAUUUGUGGAGCUUAACCAUCCAAAGAACCUUUGAGGAACCCUUUCAUAUUUCUUUAUUAAUGCCAUAAGAGAUUUUUAGCCCUGAAUGUUCCUCUCACAGAACCCAAUCAAUUACAAAGUGUCAAAAUGUAGAGCCAAAACAUGUUUUUAUAAGCUGUAAUGUAAUGCCUGUCAGGCCGCUGAGUGUCUCUGCGUCGCGCUUUGAAGACCGUGGCUCAAAAGCAGAAGUGAAACUGUUGCUUGUACAUAAUUUCCUCAGCUUUGCCUUGCCUUGACUGAUCUGUGUGGUAAUUUCUGUGUAACUGUUGCCCUACUACAAUUUCAUAUGUUUAUACCGUCGAGGUCAUACAGCAGAAUGCACGGAUUUGCAAACCCUUAGCACCAGAUGAAGAAAAAUAUGUUGUAUUAGGUUCCACAGAUAUUACUUCAUCAUCAUAAGUAAUAAAAAUGGCUAAAUAGCUUGUGUUAUAAUAUUAAUAGUGAAAACAAAUCGAUAUAUCACUUAAAAAUUCUUUUUGCCUUUUCCUUUUUGAAUGUAAAAUCAAUAAAUAAAAGAAAAACAUGUCCACUGUCGGUUUGUGUAGCCUGUGCAGAUUUUGGAUUAUAAUAUCAGUUCAGAAGUUUGCAGCUCUGUCAGAUUGCGUGUUCAAAUCUUUAUCUAAUGAAACUCUGUCAGAUGCACUGCUCUGAGAGGAUCAGCGCCAAACCCACUUCC